AUGGUCGAGGCAAAGAUCCGUGAGCGCACCGCGCGCGCGAAGACGACGCGCGUGAUGCCCGAGGUUGGGGCGUCGACGGAGAUUCGACGACGAUCGAAUCGCGCGCUCCCGGAAUUGAGCGCGGGUAAGACGACGACGGCGACGACGCCGCGGGUGGACUUUGGAGAGGUGAUGAAGAAGGCAUCCGCGCGGGCGUUCCGAGGCGGCGUCGCCGGGUUCGCGGCUGGGGUGAUUCAGGUUGGGUCAUUCAUGUGGAUGCGCACGGCGAUGAAUUAUCAAUACGCGAACGGCGGAAACAUGCUCGGGAGCAUUAAAGCGCUGUAUAAGGAAGGCGGCGUGCCGAGGUUGUAUAAGGGGGUCUCCUUUGCGAUCGUGCAGGCGCCGCUGUCGCGAUUCGGGGACACGGCGAUGAACACCGGGGUUUUGGCGGCGCUCGAGGCGUACUAUCCGAACAUGCCGGUGAGCGUGGCGACCGGUUUCGCCUCCGUCGGCGGUGCGACGUGGAGAAUCUUCUUGACGCCCGUGGACACGUUCAAGACGACGCUGCAAGUGCAGGGUAACGCCGCUUUCGCGUUGUUGAAGGAUAAGGUUCGCGCCGGCGGCGUCGGCGUGCUGUACAACGGCGCGGCGGCGAAUUUCGCGGCUAACUGGGUCGGCAACUAUCCGUGGUUCGCCACCUUCAACUACCUGCAGAAGACGAUCCCGAAGCAGGAUACGAAGAUGGGCAACAACGUGCGCAACGCCGUGAUCGGUAUGUGCUCGUCCAUCGUGAGCGAUUGCAUCUCCAACUCUCUUCGCGUCGUGAAGACUGUCAAGCAAACCUCCGGCGACGCCAACAUGGGCUACAUCCAAGCCGUCAAGGGUGUCAUCGCCAAGGACGGCAUGGCCGGUCUCUUCGGCCGAGGCUUGCAAACGCGCAUCGUCACUAACGUCUUGCAGGCGAUGGUGUUCUCCGUCGCCUGGAAGGGCAUCGAGGAGGAGCUCAACAAGCGCGCCGAGGCGAAGAAGGUUGACACCAAGACCGCCAAGAAGGGCGGCAAGAAGGCCUCCCUCACCGCGUCUCAGCUUCCGCCGCUCGUCGUCGCAUAG